AUGCCUGUCAUAUGUCCUGGAUAUACUAUCCCAAGUCGCCAAGUUUUUGCUGACAACAAAAUUCCUGCUUUAUACUUUGAGGUAAAACGUAAAAUAAAACAUGAACUCAACUCAGCACAAUUUCUGUUGCUUACAUUUGAUUGUUGGACUUCCAAUGCACAACAGCCUUACAUUGGCAUAACAGCUCAUACUAUCAAUAGUGAUUGGGUUCUGCAAACAUAUUGUGUGGCUUGCGCUAUUCUUGAUGUAGACCACACUGCCUUUAAUUUAAAAAAUAUUAUUGAAUCUACACUUAAAGAUUGGAAUAUUCCUAUAUCAAAAGUCUCUGCCGCAGCUACAGAUAAUGGAACUAAUGUGAUCAAAGCUGUUCAGUUAAUGGGCUUAAAUCAUAUUAGUUGUUUUGGUCACACAUUAAAUAAUGGAGUUACAUCAUCUAUGAAUUUAAAUCCAGUCAAAAUAAUUAUUUCUAAUAUUUCUAAAAUAAGAUAUACAUUCCAUUAUAGUUCAAACUUACGUCGAUUGCUUCAAGAUGCCCAAAUUAAACUCGAUCUUCCACAAAAAGUUAUGCCAGCAUCAUGUGUUACAAGAUGGUGGACUAAUCUACCUGCUAUUCAGUUCGUAAGAGAUAAUUAUGAUGAUGCUCUUUAUGAUGUGUUAUUUAAGUUGAAAUCAAGAAAAAUAAAAUGUCUUCCCAACUGCAACGAACAAAAACUUAUUUUGGUGAUGUGCAAAAUUGUUGAACCUCUAAAAACACUUGGUGAACAUAUGGGUGCAGAAAAGAUUGCUACAGCUUCUUCAAUUUGGCCAGUUUAUACAAAACUUGAAAAAACGUUGCUUCAAACAAAUUCAUCAAAUUUUACUUGUGCCUUAACACAAGAAGAAUCAUCUAUAGCGAAUAAUAGUGAGAAUUUUGGGGACUGCGAACAAUUAUUUUCAAUCCUAAGUCAAUGUACACUUAAGGAUAAUAAUAUAGAUUCAUAUUUUAACACUAAUGAAGUUUGUGGAGACAUUAGUGAUGAUGAUGUUGAUACACAUGUGGAUAGUGUGAAUACAAUUGAUAAUUUAUUAGAUCAUAUUGAAAAUCAUUUAAAGGAUGAUAUAAAAAGACCAUUUCAUAAACGUUACAUUAAUAAAGAAGAAAGUAGAAUGUUUUUACAAAAAAUAUGCUUUUUGGAUCCAAGGUACAAAUCAGCAUAUAUUGAUCCAAGAGAUAUAGAUACAGUCAAAAUUACAAUUCAACUUGAAAUGGAUGAAAUAGGCAACCAAGCUAAAAGUAAAGAACUCAAGGUCCAGAAAAAUGAUGGUAUGUAA